UUGCCGAGUUCGACGCGUUCCUGGGUCCACAAGGGAGGCCCUUCACCUCCAACGGUUCAACCAAUCAGCAUCAUCAACGUCACCUCGUUGAGUUUGAGCGCCGGUUUUCGUGCAGCGACGGUUUCUGAUUUUCGCCUUACAAGACACAGCGCUCCACAUUCGUUUGGUGCAGGCAAGCAUGUAAACUGAAAUGGAGGAUUGUAUAAGAAAAACAGUGUUGAGUGAAGAAAGACAAAGAGGAAAAAACAAAAAUAUUACAGUUGAUGUCCAUGUUCUGAGGAAGGAAGAAAAUCAUGAGGUGUUCAUUCAGAAAAUACUUGAAACUUUGAACCUUUUUAGGAACACAAAUUCUGCAAGUCAGAAGGACAAGGAUAGAGGAUACUAUAUUUUUUACUGUAUCCGUUCAGGGAAUCCAAAUGAUGGAAGUUACAAAACUGCAGGAUGUAUGGCUUACACAUCAUUUAAGAUAAAAGAUGAUUGGCUGAGCCACAAAGUCAUUGUGCAACGUACCAGCAAAGAACACAAUGGGCACAAUGCAACUUGUGAAAAAGAAGGACACUUUCAAGCAGUGUGUCCAGAUUUGCGAAAGCAGAUUGAAGAAUGGAUAUCACUGGGUGUGAAGCCAGAUAUCAUUCUACUGGAAGCUCACAAAUGGUCCAGAUCUCGUGGACAUACUGACUUGAACAACCGUCAGUACUUUGUUACUCCAAAGGACAUUGAGAGUAUUCGCACAUGUUUGCUGCGCAGAAGCCAUUUGAAUAAAGAUGAUGCUAUUAGUUCAGCCCAAUUAUUAACUGGUCAAUGCAAGGACAAUGUUGUUUUCUUUCAGCCUUUUACCCAAGAGAAUGAUCUUAUAAUUAUCCUUCAGACACCCAACAUGAGAGAUAAUCUGAACCGACAUGGAAAGAACAUUAUAUUUUUGGAUGCCACUCAUUGCGUCAACCAGUAUAAUUUUCCACUUUAUACACUGGCUAUAAGAGAUGACUAUGGCCAUGGAGUUCCUGUUGCCUUUAUAGUAACAAGCAAUGAAAAAGAGUCAACACUGGGAUUGGCUUUACAGCAAUUUAGGAGAGUGUGUCCUGCACCAAGGUGCUUCAUGGUGGACAAGGACAUGUGUGAGAUAAAUGCUUUGCGGAGAGUCUUUCCAGAGUCAGAUAUCCUUCUGUGCUGGUAUCAUGUUAUGCAAGCUGUUGUCCGUUGGCUUUCAAAAACAGACUCUGGAGUUAGUGGAUUAUCAAAUACUGAUGUCAGGACAGAAAUUGUUUCUUUCAUCAGAAAGAUGAAGCUUUGUACAACAGAACUUGACUUUAAGUCAACAGCUGAACAAUUCCUCAAGAGGUUUGAAGAUAUCCCAGCUCUUUGCUCAUACUUCAAGGAUCACUGGCUGGAAAUAGGAAACAUGUGGUCUGACUUUGGUCGAUGCUACAACCAUGCGGAUUCUGAUACAAACAAUCUUGUUGAAAGUAGAUUUUUCCAUCGCCUUAAAUAUCAGUUUUUGGGUGGCAUCAGGAACCGUAGGCUGGAUGAUCUUAUAAAAAUUAUCCUCAAGAAGACAGAUGGAUACUUCCAGGCCAUUCAAGAUUUGCAGGCAGUUGGAAGAAUGAACAAUGUUUCUUUGAAGUCAGGACAAAUACUUCAAUCAGCAUCACGAUUGAUAGAGAAAGGUUGGCAGAAUAACAUUAAUCUUGUAUCCAACGACAUGUACCUUUAUGAAGUAACAUCAGAACAAACCACUGGUCUUACCUACAAAGUUUGUCCAUCUGAAAGUUUUUGUAGCUGCCCAAUGGGAAUCAGAGGACAUCAAUGUAAACACCUUGUACUUACUGAUUUGCUGCGUGAACAUGAUUCUCAGAAGUUCCCUGCUUUGGAUUUUCAAAUGAAUGCACAUGCUAGUGUAAUUAAGCAAAAUAAACUUUACUCAGUUCUGUGCUUUGACACUAAAGAGGUGGAUGUAAAAAGUUUAUGCAACGAGAGAAUUUACCACACUUCAGCAACAACACUUCAGUGUACCUGUUGUACAUACUCGCAUCAUGAGAAAUGUGCUUGCCUUCUCCUGGCAUGUGAAUUAUUUGAUAUCACGUUAAAAACAGCUGCUACUAUAGAUCAGGACACAUCACAGCAAGUCAACAUGGACACUGCUGCAAACCCCUCAAAAACAGAAAUUCAGAUGUUAAAGGAAAUACUGGAGACUGUGCAAAAAUGGCAGUCAAUUCCCCAGCUCAUUUGCCACCAAAUAAAAGAAUUACACGACACUGUAACAAAUGGCUGCAAGACUGGACCUACGUGUACAGAAAUAAAUGUGGAUUUGACCAGGAAGAUAAGACCAUUGUUUCCACACAGGGCAAAAAACAUGAAACGGAGAUAUGGAAAGAAUUUUAAAAGGCUAAAUACUAAAGCUAAAUACAAAAGUUGAAUGCAAAAAUGAUAGACAUCCAAGAUUUUGCAACAGAAUUUAAACAUGUUUAUUUUGUAAUAACUUCACAUAAAAGCAUGAAGAUAAAGAGACUUCUGUUUAGGUCUAUUGUUGAAAAGUUUUUCAUACAUUUAUGUAUAUAUGUACUUGUUUAAUACUAUUGAUCUGGUAAUGCCAUCUCUACAUUUAAAUUAAGCUGCAUAACCAUGUGAUAUUUAACAACAGUUCACAGUCUGAAUUUGUUUUAUAAAAUCAAUGCACAUCUACUUAAACUGACUGAUUAAAAAUGAGAUGACAACA